UCGGAAAUCUUUCCGAAGAUGACUAACCGAGCUGAAUCGUCUGACUCGAAGGGAACGAAGAGGGAUUUCAGUACUGCAAUUCUUGAACGGAAGAAAGCUGCCAAUCGUCUUGUCGUCGACGAGGCGAUCAAUGACGACAAUUCGGUGGUAACAUUGAAUCCAGAAACGAUGGAGAAGCUGCAGCUUUUCCGUGGUGAUACCAUCUUGAUUAAGGGCAAGAAAAGGAGGGAUACUAUCUGCAUUGCCCUUGCUGAUGAUUCAUGUGAUGAACCGAAGAUCAAGAUGAAUAAAGUUGUCAGAUCAAAUCUGAGGGUUAGGCUUGGUGAUGUUAUUUCUGUUCACCAAUGCCCAGAUGUCAAAUAUGGAAAGCGUGUCCACAUACUGCCUGUGGAUGAUACAAUUGAAGGCGUCACUGGGAAUAUAUUUGAUGCCUAUUUGAAACCAUAUUUCUUGGAAGCAUAUCGUCCUGUUAGGAAAGGGGAUCUCUUCCUUGUUAGAGGUGGAAUGAGGAGCAUUGAGUUUAAGGUCAUUGAGACUGACCCAUCCGAGUACUGUGUUGUUGCUCCUGACACUGAGAUAUUUUGUGAGGGGGAGCCAGUUAGAAGGGAGGAUGAAGACAGGUUGGAUGAAGUGGGUUAUGAUGAUGUCGGUGGUGUGAGGAAACAGAUGGCUCAGAUACGAGAACUUGUGGAACUUCCUCUAAGACAUCCACAGCUGUUCAAAUCUAUUGGUGUGAAGCCCCCGAAAGGAAUUUUGUUGUAUGGUCCUCCAGGUUCUGGGAAGACUUUGAUAGCCAGGGCUGUUGCCAAUGAGACUGGUGCCUUCUUCUUCUGUAUUAAUGGUCCAGAAAUUAUGUCUAAAUUAGCUGGAGAGAGUGAAAGCAAUCUCAGGAAGGCAUUUGAGGAAGCAGAGAAGAAUGCACCAUCUAUCAUCUUCAUUGAUGAACUUGAUUCUAUAGCACCUAAGCGAGAGAAGACACAUGGAGAAGUUGAAAGGCGUAUUGUUUCUCAGCUCCUGACGCUGAUGGAUGGUUUGAAAUCUCGUGCCCAUAUUAUUGUUAUUGGGGCUACAAACCGGCCUAACAGCAUUGACCCGGCUUUGAGAAGGUUUGGUAGGUUUGAUAGGGAAAUUGAUAUUGGUGUUCCAGAUGAAGUUGGACGUCUUGAGGUUCUUCGCAUUCAUACAAAGAACAUGAAAUUAGCUGAAGAUGUUGACUUGGAGAGAAUAGCAAAAGACACUCAUGGGUACGUUGGCGCUGAUCUUGCUGCUCUCUGUACUGAAGCUGCCCUUCAGUGCAUCAGAGAAAAGAUGGAUGUCAUCGACUUAGAAGAUGAAUCCAUUGAUGCUGAGAUACUGAACUCUAUGGCUGUCACAAAUGAACACUUCAAAACUGCUCUUGGAACAAGCAAUCCCUCUGCCCUUCGUGAGACUGUUGUUGAAGUGCCUAAUGUCAGCUGGAAUGACAUUGGUGGGCUUGAAAAUGUCAAGAGGGAGCUUCAAGAGACUGUUCAAUAUCCUGUGGAGCACCCUGAAAAGUUCGAGAAGUUUGGUAUGUCACCCUCAAAAGGAGUUCUUUUCUACGGUCCUCCUGGUUGUGGUAAAACUUUAUUAGCCAAGGCGAUUGCGAAUGAAUGCCAGGCUAAUUUCAUUAGUGUUAAGGGUCCUGAGUUGCUCACUAUGUGGUUUGGGGAGAGUGAGGCCAACGUGCGAGAAAUCUUUGACAAGGCCCGUCAAUCUGCACCUUGUGUCCUUUUCUUUGAUGAGCUUGAUUCAAUUGCUACACAGAGAGGGAGUAGUGUUGGAGAUGCUGGUGGUGCAGCUGAUAGGGUCCUGAACCAGCUCCUGACUGAAAUGGAUGGCAUGAAUGCUAAGAAGACGGUUUUCAUUAUUGGUGCCACCAACAGGCCUGACAUAAUUGACCCUGCUUUGCUGAGGCCAGGCCGUCUUGAUCAGUUGAUUUACAUUCCUCUGCCAGAUGAGGACUCCCGCUAUAAUAUUUUUAAGGCCAACCUGAGGAAAUCACCUGUUUCAAAGGAUGUUGACCUGAGGGCUCUUGCAAAAUAUACUCAAGGCUUUAGUGGGGCUGAUAUUACAGAGAUAUGCCAACGUGCUUGCAAAUAUGCCAUUCGAGAAAAUAUUGAGAAAGACAUUGAAAGGGAGCGAAGGAGAAGUGACAAUCCCGAGGCAAUGGAGGAGGAUGUUGAGGAUGAAGUAGCUGAGAUCACACCUGCACACUUCGAGGAAGCAAUGAAGUAUGCACGCAGGAGUGUGAGCGAUGCUGAUAUCCGGAAGUACCAGGCAUUUGCACAGACAUUGCAGCAGUCAAGGGGGUUUGGAAGUGAGUUCAGAUUUGCAGAUUCUGGAUCUGCAGCUACAGGAGCUGCUGACCCAUUUGCGGCAUCAACUGGUGCGGCCGAGGAAGAUGAUCUCUACGGUUAAUCUGCUUUUAGUUUCAUGUUCUGUUAUAUCCUGUCAUUUGUACCUUUGUAUCUAAUACUUCCCUGGUUGAUUGGGUUAAGCUACAGUAUUAUGUUAUUAAGCCCAUUCCUUUGGGCAGUGGGUACUAGACGUAAGAAGCUUAGAGGGGAAUACAGUAUGUCCUCUUUCUUCAGAGGAUCAUAUUCCCUAUUUAUCAGUUUCAAUUACAUUGGGAAUUAUCCAC